AUGGAGCGCCCGGCGGCGGGCGCCUCCUACCAGCGGUUCCCGCGCGUGCGGAUCCGCGAGCUGAGGGACGAGUACGCCAAGUUCGAGCUCCGGGACACCGACGCGAGCGUGGCCAACGCCCUCCGCCGCGUCAUGAUCGCCGAGGUCCCCACCGUCGCCAUCGACCUCGUCGAGAUCGAGGCCAACUCCUCCGUCCUCACCGACGAGUUCAUCGCGCACCGCCUCGGCCUCAUCCCGCUCACCUCCUCCGCCGCCAUGGCCAUGCGCCUCUCCCGCGACUGCGACGCCUGCGACGGGGACGGCUCCUGCGAGUACUGCUCCGUCGAGUUCCACCUGGCCGCCCGCGCCACUGACUCCGGCCAGACGCUCGAGGUCACCGCCAUGGACCUCCGCUCUACCGACCCCAAGGUCUGCCCUGUCGACCAGGCCGAUGCUGCCGGUGACCACAGGCAAGUCGAUCGCGCUCUCCAUUACGAUUUACGGGGCAUAUUAAUUGUAAAGCUGCGUUGUGGGCAAGAGCUACGUCUCCGAGCAAUUGCUAGGAAGGGAAUUGGAAAGGACCAUGCCAAAUGGUCUCCAGCUGCUACUGUGACCUUCAUGUAUGAGCCUGAUAUAUGUAUUAAUGAAGAGCUUAUGGAGACACUUACACUUGAGGAAAAACAAAGCUGGGUGGAGAGCAGCCCUACAAAAGUAUUUGACAUUGAUCCUGUCACCCAACAGGUGACGAUUGUGGAUCUGGAGGCAUACACAUACGACGAUGAGGUGAUCAAGAAAGCCGAGGCCAUGGGGAAGCCAGGACUGGUGGAGAUCAACGCCAAGGAGGACAGCUUUGUGUUCACCGUGGAAACGACCGGCGCCAUCACAGCCUAUGAGUUGAUCAUGAAUGCUAUCACGAUCCUGAGGCAGAAGCUGGACGCCAUUCGCCUACAAGAUGAUGAUGGCGAUCUUGCUGAGCUCGACGCCCACCUUGUUGGAGGCUAACCGUCUGGUUCUCUGGAAAAGAAAUCGCUGGUUGCAAGUGUAGGCUCAUCUGACUAUGGUGUUUGUGGCAAGAUGUAAUGGAUGAUGCCUCCUUUGAUCUUGGAACGGAUGCCUCUUUUGAUAUCCAGUACCAAAACUCUAGUGGAUGAA